UAAAUAAACGAUGCUCGCGACAACGUAAACUGCACGUCGGCAGGGAAGCAUUAAGGGUCAACUCUAAAGGCUUCUCAAAAAUGGCACAAGUGAACGUGUGGGUGAAGCGACUGCUCAUCAUUUUCAACUCCGUGUUUGCGGUCGCUGGAUGUCUGGUCUUCCUGAUGGGCGUAAUUGGCAAAAAAUAUGUGCAUGAGGUGGAUCGGGAAGAACAAUAUGGGAGGAACACCCUGAUGACCAUUGGCGUGGUUACAAUUUUUCUUGCCUUUCUUGGAGGAUAUGGUGCCAAGUCAGAGAAUAAGUGUAUGCUCUUUUCUUUUUUCACAGGUUUAUUCAGCAACUUUCUUCUUCUGCUGCUGCUCACGGUCGCCGUCGUGGUGUUAAGACCUCAGAUUUUCAGCACUAUCAGAGGUCAGUUUGGCAGCCAUCUGUUACCUGAUGAAGAGAACAGCGACUUUGCGGACAUUGUGCAGAGUCAGUUAAAAUGCUGUGGUAUGGACAAUGGUUAUAAAGACUGGGGAGAGUCAAUUCCAGUUUCUUGCAGAUGUCCCGUGAUAAACGAUCCCUCGCAGUGCAUCAGUGUGGGAUACCAGUCAGUGUACAAACAGUCUUGCAGCAUUCCUUUAUUUGAAGUGAUUGGUAAAGCUUCAUUUAUCAUUUUUGGAUUCACUGUGGGAUUCUCAGUUAUUGCGUUGAUCGGAAUGGUGCUCUCCAUCACCCUGCUGUGGCAACUUCACAGGCAAACCUCCACUAUUCAGCUGGACCCACCCAAAUAUUCUGAAAUUGCAUCAAUUCCUGAUUACAAAAUGAAUCUGCUUCCCUUUCCGGAUAUGCGAUACAGUCCUUAAAUUAUUUCUCUUGCCUUGAUGGACAUAAAUUGACUGGCAGUGACUUUUGUUUUAAUAAAUUUGUGCUUUUUAGACAUUCUUA